GGUGUGGGACCUGCGCCCAGAGAAGCUGCCUAGGAGAAUACAGCCGCUUGCAUUUGGGGUCUUUCCGGACCGUGUUCGCUGAACGCAGGAACUCUAAAUCCGGGAAAGGUGUGGGUGGAAACUGGCAGGUGAGUCCCAGCCCGUGGCCGCUACGGGAGGGGGACCCGGCGGCGUAGCCCCUUCUCACCCGCCACCCGCCUUCCUCCUCCAGCUUCGAAACGUUAGAGUUCCUCAGGGACUGGGCUAGCCCCACGUGUUUUCGGGGAGGGUAUGCCCCUGGCCUCCGGGAUCCCCGGGGAUCCCGCCGCUCUCGGCAGUCGCGCAGACCCGAGGCCCGCUUCCCUGCGGAGCGGCAUACUGUGCACCUUGACCCAUAGCUCGGGGCUGGGCCACGGCUCCGCCUCCCGCAGCCCCGCCCCCGCCCCGCCGCUCGCGGUCGCCCAGAGACUCGGCCUCGGCCAUUGGCUGCGCUUUGGCCCCGCCCCUACGCCUGCCUCGGCGCGCCCCGCCCCGGCCUCAGUUUCCCGGCCCGCUCGGGGCGGGCUGGGGGCGGGGCCCGACUCGGACCACGCGGGGCGGGACCUGGAGCUGACGCGGCCGCCCUGCCCCCGGGACCAUAACCGGCCGCUGCCGCCACCGCGGACCGAGCGCGGAGUUCAGGAGGCUCGGACCCGAAGCCGCUACUGGGCGCCCGGCCUCCCGCCCGCCAUGGCCGCGCCCCGCGCCCCGCGCGCUCUGGCGGCAGCCGCGCCUGCGUCCGGGAAGGCCAAGCUGACGCACCCGGGGAAGGCGAUCCUGGCAGGCGGCCUGGCGGGUGGCAUCGAGAUCUGCAUCACCUUCCCCACUGAGUACGUGAAGACGCAGCUGCAGCUGGACGAGCGCUCGCACCCGCCGCGGUACCGGGGCAUCGGGGACUGCGUGCGGCAGACGGUUCGCAGCCAUGGCGUCCUGGGUCUGUACCGCGGCCUCAGCUCCCUGCUCUACGGCUCCAUCCCCAAGGCGGCCGUCAGGUUCGGAAUGUUCGAGUUCCUCAGCAACCACAUGCGGGAUGCCCAGGGACGGCUGGACAGCACGCGCGGGCUGCUGUGCGGCCUAGGCGCCGGCGUGGCCGAGGCCGUGGUGGUCGUGUGCCCCAUGGAGACCAUCAAGGUGAAGUUCAUCCACGACCAGACCUCUCCAAACCCCAAGUACAGAGGCUUCUUCCACGGGGUUAGGGAGAUUGUGCGGGAACAAGGGCUGAAGGGGACGUACCAGGGCCUCACGGCCACCGUCCUGAAGCAGGGCUCGAACCAGGCCAUCCGCUUCUUUGUCAUGACCUCCCUGCGCAACUGGUACCGAGGGGACAACCCCAACAAGCCCAUGAACCCUCUGAUCACUGGGGUCUUCGGAGCUAUUGCGGGCGCAGCCAGUGUCUUUGGAAACACUCCUCUGGAUGUGAUUAAGACCCGGAUGCAGGUGCAGGGACCGGGAAGGCGAUGGGAAGGGGGCACUGGGCCAGAGCUAGCUGCUGAGCCCCUGCCUGCUGAUGUCCCGCAGGGCCUGGAGGCACACAAAUACCGGAACACGUGGGACUGCGGCUUGCAGAUCCUGAGGAAGGAGGGGCUCAAGGCAUUCUACAAGGGCACUGUCCCCCGCCUGGGCCGGGUCUGCCUGGAUGUGGCCAUAGUGUUUAUCAUCUAUGAUGAAGUGGUGAAGCUGCUCAACAAAGUGUGGAAGACAGACUAAGCCUAGAGAGGCUGCAAGGGGACCGCCCCAGGCACCUCCAGAGUGCCCGCCACCUUUGUCUCACAUGAUUCCAGUGCAGUAGUGCCAAAAGGCCCUUCCCACGUCCCUUGAGCUCUGUAGCCUGGUCUGUGCAUUGUGGCUGUCAAGUCCAUGUGUCCCCCCUGUGGUCUGUGUGACACCACCACUGUGUCCUGGUGUCUGGCCCAGCCAUGGCUGGGUGUGCAUCUGGCCUGUGACCCCGUGCCCACUUGUCCAUGUGCUUACUGUGAGCCCUGUGCCUGUGUUUCAUGUUCUGUGUCAUGUGACCUGUGCCCCGCCUCCCGGGGUGCCCGUGUGGCCUGGGUCCUCGGCCCUGUAGCCCUGGCCCGGUCCCAGUCCGGUGCCUUCCACCCUGCCCCGGCCUACCACAGCUGCCUCCGGGCCUCGGCCUGGCUUCACCGCAUUCCAGGGGCUGCAGCCCCUCGCUUCUCCCGCCAUUGGCCUUAACCGGCCCUCGGGCCCUCCCUCCGCCCGGGACAGGGUGGCACCCACCACUCUCAGGACCACCCUGCCAAGGCAGAAUAAACCGGAUCCUGUUGCA